AAAGAAAGAAAGAAAAAAAAAAAGAGAGAGAGAGAGAGAGAGAGAAAAAAAAAAGAUAUAAGCAAGACUGACAUGACACACAGAACACUCAUUCUUUUCAGCAGCAAAUCUAUAUAUGAACAACAAUACCAUGAAUCAAAAAGAAAAGGAAAUCAGCCUAAUGGCAAAUACUACUACGCAUAGAAAGUCAGUCGGUGAUGUCCAGGUGGAUAUACCAGAUGAAGCACCCAUGGCUGUCUUGCCUUUGAAUUCAAGUUCUAAAUUAGAUCAAGAACCUAACCCAUUUGAACAAAGCUUUUCUGGUGCCACACCUACCAAUGAAGAGAAAUCCAAGGAUAAAUUGACACUUCCUCCUGUUGCUUCUAUCACAAGCACAGCACCUUUGGUUAAUCACUCUGUCAUUGGCGGAGGUAUUUUACCUAAAGAAGUGUCUAACCAAUUCACUUGGGACACACUUCGUACGGGUCCCUUGUCUCCCUCGAUGCUUCAAGGCCCUGCUAAUCCAGAAGAAUAUUAUGCUACGGCUAAUAUGCCUUCCAAGUUAAACAACAACUACCCCGCUGCUUCAUCUUCUUCUAUCUCAAGAGCAUCAUUUUCGAGUACAGGUGAAGUCUCCUAUCCUGUCAAGAUAGAACAAUCACAAGAUGUGUAUUUGCAUCCUACUGCAAAACCACCAUCACCACCUACCAGACAAAGUACUCGCACACGACAGACUAGAAAGCGAUCUUCUUCUUCUUCGCAUCAUCAUCAAGAAGAAGAUGCUCAGUCUAUGGACAGUAGUGAGUAUGUGCCACACAAAAAGACAACCAGAAGAAGAUCUUCUGCUCUUACACAGGAUUCUGAUGAAGAAGACGAAGAGCAACAACAUGAAAAGACAACUUCAAGAAAGAAAAAGUCUGUAAACAAAGAUGAAGAUGAUGAGAAACGUAAAAACUUUUUGGAGAGAAACAGAAUAGCUGCUUUGAAAUGUCGCCAAAGAAAGAAGCAAUGGCUAAACAAUUUACAAGCCAAAGUUGAAUUCCUAACAAAUGAUAAUGAGAGACUUCAAAUGCAGUCUGAAUCCCUGAAAGAAGAAAUUGUCAAUCUGAAAACACUGCUGCUGGCCCAUAAAGAGUGCCCAAUUGCACAAGCACAUGGAUUCCAUUCUAAUGCCAUACAAAAGGCUUCCAUGUCUUCUGUGUUAUCUACGCCUAUUAUGAGACAAAGUACUUCAUCUUCUAUGAUGAUGCAACCCUAUUUAAACAAUAGAACUUCUACUUCCAAUCCAUCAUUACCGCAACAACAAGGCUCAUCAGGUAAUUCUGUGGCAGCCUCUUCUUCAUCAUCAUCAUCGAUUCCUCAGUAUCAACGUACAUCCACUGCUAAUAUUGGCAUGCCUAUUCAAUCACAACCUGCAGGUCAACAAGGCAUGGUAGCUGGUGGUUCUUCAGGUGUCUUACGAUUCUAAAAUACCUAAAAACGAUAUUAAAAGUUUUUUUUUUUUUUGAA